AUGUACAAGGAAGCCAUGGCGUUUUGCCGAGUGACGGAAGUGGCGCGGCGGAAAGAACUCGGUGCAGAGCAUACUUUGACCAAGGACGCCCACGACGACGCCGUGCGGUUUGCAUGCAAGUGGGAGUCGCUCCAAAUGUUCCUGGAAGACUCGGUGGGGCAGCAGCUGGAGGACCGACGGACGAAUGCCGCGUACUAUGCCGAUGCCGCCCUCGGCCGGCUGCCAGAGCAGUUGACGGCCCUGCUCGUGUCGGAUCUGGCCGGCCUCGCGCUGUUUUCGUCGUUCUGCGAGCAACGAAUGCACGGCACGAAUCUCGCGUUCUGGCUCGCAGUCGAACGAUUCAAAACGAGCUGCCACGACCGAGCCAACGACCCGACAUUCCAUCCCCGCGCCGAGGCCAAAGAUAUCUUCAAGGCCUUCCUCAAGACGCAGCAAGUCAAGUGCACGACGGUCGCGAUUCGGAAUCGCAUACGGGCAUCGUUGCGGUCCGACAGGGCAGACCCCGCCGACGUGUUUGAAAGCGCCCAAACCGUCGUCUUCAACACGCUCUACUCCAGCGUCUACCUCUUGUUUUUGGACUCCCCAGAAGGCUCCAGGUGGCACACGGAUGCCCAUGGCGCAACCCCGCCAUCCAUUCCUUCCUAACACCGUCGUUCCUCCAACGUGCGUACUGUUCUCUC